AUGAAAAUCGCGAUAAUCGGACAAUCGGCGUUCGGCGUCGACGUCUACAAAGAGUUACGGAAGAAUGGACACCAAAUUGUCGUCGUCUUUACGAUUCCCGACAAGAAUGGAAGGGAGGACUUGCUCGGUAGGCUAACUGAAACCUUUUCGGGUCUUUUUAUCGCCAUUUUCGAAAAUUAAGGCGCAUAUUUUCAAAGCUAUCUAGGGAAAGUGCGAUGACUCUAAAAAGUGCAAUAGAGCGAAUUUGCAGCGAUCGAAGCGGCAAAGGACGGAGUUCCGGUCCAAAAGCCGGCUCGUUGGCGCAAGAAGAACCCGGAGACGGGAAAAUUCGAGACGCUUCCCGAGAUGCUCAAGCUCUACAAGUCCUACGGAGCCGAACUGAACGUGCUUCCGUUCUGCACCCAAUUCAUUCCGCUGGACAUCACCGAGGCGCCGCCGAAAAAGAGUAUCAUCUAUCAUCCGAGCAUUCUGCCCAAGCACAGGUACGAGCCAAGGGGGACCACUGGGAGGAAAAACUUGAAUUGAAUUAUUUUCAGAGGAGCGUCGGCGAUCAACUGGACCCUGAUCGAGGGCGACGAGCAGGCGGGACUUUCGAUCUUUUGGGCCGACGAAGGACUCGACACCGGACCGAUUUUGCUGCAGAAAAAGUGCAAAGUGGAGGAGAACGACACGCUGAACACCCUCUACAAGCGGUUUUUGUACCCGGCUGGAGUCGCCGCCAUGGCCGAAUCAGUGGAGUUGAUCGCCGCCGGAACCGCUCCACGCAUCGUUCAGCCCGAAGAAGGAGCCUCCUACGAGCCGUACAUCACCACGAAGCCCGAAUUGGCUCAGAUUGACUGGACCAAAACGCAACGGCAAUUGCACAAUUUCAUCAGGGGAAACGACAAAGUGCCGGGCGCGUGGGCUGUUUUGAACGGCGAAAAAGUCUCGUUCUUCGGCUCGAAACUGUGGAAGCCGAAGAAGUUGCCGGAGGAUGCGGUCGAAGUGGCCGUGGCCGAAGUUCCAGGCGGCAAAGUGCUCGUCGAGGACCGUGGACUCCUCCUUCCGGGAUCCGAUGGCAAAUGGGUGAUUGUGGACACCGUCAAGAUCGGAACCAAGACCAUCCCGGCUUCGAAAUACGGCCAAGGCGCCGAUCAGAUUCAGGAGCUCGUGCUGACCGACGAGGAGAAGGCCGUCGUGGAAAAGCUGAAGAAGAUUUGGGCUGGAAUUUUGAAGAGCCAAGUGAGCAGCGACACGGACUUUUUCGAGAGCGGAGCCAGCUCGGCCGACGUCACCCGUCUCGUCGAGGAAAUCAAAUUCAACACGGGAGCAGAACUGGAAGCAGGACAGGUAA